UCAUUACCAAGUUUCAUGUCUGAGCUCGACGUCCAGAUUCCUACCACCUUUGAUCCGUUUGCCGAGGCAAAUGCUGAGGACUCAGGUGUUGGAACAAAAGAGUAUGUGCACUUUCGUAUACAGCAACGAAAUGGUAGGAAAAGCCUGACAACAGUGCAGGGACUGAAGAAGGAAUUUAGCUGCUACAAGAUUCUCAAAGACCUUAAGAAGGAAUUUUGCUGCAAUGGUACAGUUGUCCAGGACCCAGAACAAGGCCAGGUGAUUCAACUUCAAGGUGAUCAGCGGAAGAACGUGUCUGCCUUCCUAGUUCAGGCUGGCAUUGUGAAGAAGGAUAACAUCAAAAUUCACGGUUUCUGAGCUGCAGGAACUCAAGUCUGCACAAUCCAUCCCCUCAUGAACAUGAUAUCUGGAUAUUAUAUUGUCCA